CUUUGCUCUGCCAAGACGUCAGGUCAGCUGACCGUUGCUGUUGUAGGAGAAAGAUGUCGGUGACGACCUGCCGAACGAUGAAAGCUGGUUUCACCUUUGCGUUUGCUCUCUGUUGCCUAGCUUUAGCAGGUGUCCAUGGAGACAGCUUCACGGUCCUUCAGGCUCCAGAGUUUGUGUCGUUCCAGAAAGGAGAGUGGCCGGUUUCUGGAGAGAAAGUCCCUGAUGUGGUGGCUUUGACUAUGGGCUUCUCUAUUCAAGAGGACUUGCUGUGGCCUGGCCUGCAGGCUGGUCCGUUGUUCCAGCGUCCCCGGGCUAAUGUGUUGGUGGUGGUGAGAGGAGUCGACAGCCUGGCUUUUCCUCAGACUGUGGCUUCCUACCCCCUGGAAAAUCCAGUACCCUUCACCCUGGACAGCGUUGCAGAGACGGUCCACUCUUUGUUUUCCGAAUACACCCCCGUAGUGCUACAACUGGCUCCAAGUGAGGAGCGACUGUAUAUGCUUGGCAAGGCCAAUGCUGUGUUUGAGGACCUUCCGGUCACCUUGCAGCAGAUCCGCGCACGCCUAUCCCAGGAUGGCUCUGUGCUGACUUCUCUUCCCCUCAACUCCCUAAGCAGAAAUUCAGAAGCUGACUUACUCUUCCUGUCUGAGGUUCAAGUACUGCACGAUAUCACCGCUCUGCUCCAGAGGCAUAGACAUCUGGCCAAGGACUUCUCCCCUGACCUGUACUCUCUGGAGCUGUCCGGCUUGGAGGAGCUGAGUCGUCUUUAUGGCAAAGACUCUCCUCAGUACCGCGACGCCACGGCCAUUCUUGCUUCUGUCCUCCAGAAGUUUGGAGAGGACAUGUAUCGACUCUAUGGCAACAGGGCUGUGGUGGAGGUUGUUACUGUGAAAACCUUUGAAGCUCCUUUGACCAGAAAGUCUCGCUCAAUCUUGGAAUCUAAACAGAUUAGUAACCCGGGCAGCCCCUACAACCUGGCCUACAAGUACAACUUUCAGUACGCUGUGAUCUUCAACAUCGUCCUGUGGCUGAUGAUCGCUCUGGCCCUCGCGGUCAUCGUCAUCGCUUACAACCUGUGGAACAUGGACCCGGGAUAUGACAGCAUCAUCUACAGGAUGACCAAUCAGAAGAUCAGGAUGGAUUAAGUCCCGCCAUCGCCACCCCUGCUGCGUCUUUACAGUUCUCUUGGUGAAUAUUUUGUGUUUGUGUUGAUGUCUUGUGUUGUAACUGUAUCUGUGAAAGUUCGGUGGGAGGAAGAGCACAACACUGAAUUGUUUUUGAGUUUACAGCAGAUAUGAAAUGCUGACAUUAAUUGAUAUCCGAUUAAAAUCAUGGCAGCAUUAAACUGGUGCCCAUUCAGCCAGUCUUUAGCAAUAUCGUCCCAAGGAGUGUACACUGAACAAAUAUUGCCUUCCUCCUUUCAGCUUCACAGCUCCAACCAUUCCUUCCUUUAACUUCAAACAUUUUUCUCACUGGUGAUUGCAAGUCCAUUUUUAUUGUAAAAAAAAAAAAAAAACGUUAUGGAGAAAGUAGAUUUCUCUUUGUUUUUUUGCUGUAUGGAACUGUCAAAGGUUUAAGUUAAAGAAAAAUCUAUGUGUAUAUAUUGAAUAUACGAAUAUAUGAGAAAGUAUGGUGUUCUUGUUUUGCUGUGCUUCUUCUUCAAAUAACAGGUAUUUGUUGGACUGUGUAGAAACUUGAUCCUGAUGUUUGCCAUCAUAAUUAAAAUGGCAUAAAAGAAGCUCUGUAAACUGCAAUAAAUGCUUAACAAUAAAUUAUUACAUGUAU